AUGUCCUGCUGUCUGUACCUGGUUGGUGCUGGCAGGUGGGAGGGCAGCGGGUACUUCAAGCCAGACGAGUCUGCUCUGCAAUCAGGCGCUGCUGCCGCUGGUAGUGACGGCGGGGAUAAGGCUGACAGCCAUACUGCUCCGUUUGUCAUCUCCAUGCCCCCUCCCAACGUCACUGGCGCUCUGCACAUGGGCCAUGCCAUGUUCGUCACUCUCGAGGACAUUAUGACUCGGUUCUGGCGCAUGAAGGGGCGUCCCACCCUCUGGCUGCCAGGCACGGACCAUGCAGGCAUCGCCACUCAGCUGGUGGUAGAGAAGAUGCUUGCGUCUGAGGGGAUUAGCCGGCAGGAGCUGGGCCGAGAAGAGUUUGUGAAGCGCGUGUGGGAGUGGAAGGAGAAAUAUGGUGGCACAAUUGGAAAGCAGAUCCGCAGGCUCGGCGCCUCCUGUGAUUGGUCGAGAGAGAGAUUCACUCUGGAUGAUCAACUCAGCAAGGCUGUGGUGGAGGCAUUUGUCCGCCUGCACAACAAGGGGCUCAUCUACCGCGGCACGUACAUGGUCAACUGGUCACCCUUCCUGCAGACUGCUGUGUCAGAUCUGGAGGUGGAGUAUUCAGAGGAGCCAGGCACGCUCUACUUCUUCAAAUACCCCAUCGCUGGAGGCACAGAGGACGACUAUCUACCGGUGGCCACCACACGCCCAGAGACCAUUCUGGGAGACACGGCAGUGGCUGUGCACCCAGAGGACGAGCGCUUCAAGAAGUUUGUGGGAAAGCAGGCCGUGGUGCCCUUGUGUGGCGGCAGGACCAUUCCCAUCAUUGCCGAUGAUUACGUGGACAUGGAGUUUGGCACGGGGUGCCUCAAGAUAACGCCCGGGCACGACAUCAACGACUAUGCCAUCGGGCAGCGCCGGGACCUGCCUAUUAUCAACAUUCUCAACAAGGAUGCCACACUCAAUGAAAACGCAGGGGCCUUCUGUGGUUUGGAUCGGUUUGAGGCUCGGAAGCAGGUGUGGGAGCAGCUGGAGAAGGAAGGUCUGGCGAUCAAGCAGCAGCCACAUGUGCAGCGGGUGCCACGCUCCCAAAGAGGAGGCGAGGUGGUGGAGCCGCUGGUGAGCCGGCAGUGGUUUGUGCGUAUGCAGCCACUGGCAGAGCCAGCGCUGGAAGCAGCACGGACCGGCGAGCUCAAAAUUAUUCCGGAGCGGUUCGAGAAGAUCUACGAGUUCUGGCUGGACAACAUCAGGGAUUGGUGCAUCAGCCGGCAGCUGUGGUGGGGCCACCGCAUCCCCGUCUUCUACCCCUCCUGGGACUCUGCCCCGCCCGCUCCCCUCCCUGGGAAGGGCACUGCUGGUGCUGAGGAGGGGGCGGUGGAGUAUGUUGUGGCUGGGACCGAGGCUGAGGCUCGGGAGAAGGUUCGGGAGAGGUUCGGGGACGAGGCGGCGGAGACUGUGCGCCUGGAGCAGGACCCUGACGUGCUCGACACGUGGUUCUCCAGUGGCCUGUGGCCGUUCAGCACACUGGGUUGGCCCAAUGAGUCAGCAGAAGACUACCGGAAGUUCUACCCCACCUCGGUCAUGGAAACAGGGCACGACAUCCUGUUCUUCUGGGUGGCGCGCAUGACCAUGAUGGGACUGGAGUUCACAGGCAGGCUCCCCUUCCACACCAUCUACCUGCACGGGCUCGUGAGGGAUGCACAGGGGCGCAAGAUGUCCAAGUCGCUAGGCAAUGUGGUGGACCCACUGGACACCAUCAACGAGUUUGGCACCGAUGCCCUCAGAUACACCCUCGCCACCGGCACCACUCCCGGCCAGGACGUGAAUCUGUCUAUGGAGCGUCUGGGCGCCAACAGGGCGUUUGUGAACAAGAUAUGGAACGCGGGGAAGUUCAUUCUGCAGAACCUUCCUAGCAAGGACGACGAGAAGCAGUGGCAGCGCCUGGGGCAAGUCAAGUUUGACACUCCCGAGGCGCUUGCUCAGCUCCCAUUGGCCGAGAGAUGGCUGCUCUCCCGUCUGCAUGCACUGGUGGACGAGGUCACAGAGUCAUACAUCGCGUAUGAGUUCAAUGCAGCAGGCCGGCGCAUCUACGACUUCUUCUGGAGCGACUUUGCUGACUGGUACAUUGAGGCCAGCAAGACCCGCCUCUACAGCGGCUUCCGCUCCUCCAGCAGCAGCAGCAGCAGUGAUGGCAGCAGCAGUGAGGGUGAGGGCGAGGGGCAGGCAGCAGGCUCUCAAGACGCACCAGCAGACGAGGCACAUGCACGCGCUCAGCAGCAGGCGCAGGCCGUGCUGGCAUACGCGUUUGACUCCGUGCUGCGACUGCUGCACCCCUUCAUGCCAUUCGCCUCCGAGCAGCUCUGGCAGGCUCUGCCGCACGCCCCCUCCCUGCCCUCGCUCAUGCUCGCGCCCUGGCCCGCUGCUGGGCUUCCCAGAGACACGCAGGCUCAGGAGGAAUUUGACGACCUGCAAGCACUGGUGCGGGCCAUCCGCAAUGUGAGGGCGGAGUAUUCAGUGGAACCGGCCAAGAAGAUCGCUGCAACUGUCAUCGCUGCGCCCGCCCUCUCUCCUGCCAUUCAGGGCGAGAGGGACGUGCUAGCCUUGCUUGCUCGAGUCGACCCUGCCUCACUGCACAUCACAUCAGCACUGCCAGACGAGGCGGCAGCGUCAGCAUGUGUGCAUGUGGUGGCAGCAGAGGGCCUAGAGGCGUAUCUGCCCAUAGCGGACAUGGUGGAUGUUCCCAAGGAGCUGCAGCGCCUGGGCAAGCAGCAGACCAAGCUCACUGCCGACCUCAACUCCUGCCGCUCCCGCCUCUCCUCCAAAAAGACCAACUCUUCCUCCUUUCUCUUCCCUCUCCCAAACCCAUUGGACCUCGCUUCUUUUCUUCCUGCAGUUUGUGGACAAGGCGCCAGCGGCAGUAGUAGACGGAUGCAUGACGUUUUCAGUGGGCUCAAGAAGCAGGCUGAGGAGGCAGAGGAGGCAGAGGAGGCAGAGGGUGAACUAACUCUUGUGAACAGACGCAUGGAGCAGCUACAGGGCAUGGCUGCCACCACUGCUGCCACCACUGCUGCCACCAGCGCGUGA